ACGGAAUGUUUCUGCAUAAGGAACUUAAACAUUCAAUAAGAUUUUGUUUGACAAAAAAAAAAAUCAAUUUGUAGUGUGUUUUUUUGAUCCGAGCAAGCAUUGUAAAAUCAAUACGUAUGCAGUAAAUAUAUCCUUAGUUCAAUUAUUAUUUUUAUAAGAGCAGGCUUUGCGUAACCAAGAAAACCAAUAUUGACGGCAAUAAUCCUUGCUUUAUUUAAUUCAAAAGUUUUUAGUUUUAAGGACAAUUUAAAUGUAAAGAUGUCCUCGCCGUCAUCGCGUUCAAUUCUGUUAGCAGCGAACGAAUUUUCAACCCAAUAUGAACCCUCAACUGCGACUAUAAACGAAUUUUGUCUUCAAAAUACGACUGGACGCAAGGAUUCUUUGGAGUAUUUUAUUAAGUUUCCAAUCCCAUCAACCGAAAUGAAUUUUGGGCUAACAAACCAAAAUGAAGAGAAAAAUGUCCCGAUCGUUAUGCUGUUAGGAUGGGCGGGUUGUCAGGAUCGAUAUUUAAUGAAGUAUUCGAAAAUUUACGAAGAAAGAGGCCUUAUAACUGUUCGUUACACUGCACCGAUAGACACUCUGUUCUGGAAACGGUCUGAAAUGGUGCCAAUCGGCGAGAAAAUCCUUAAACUAAUCCAGGACAUGAACUUCGAUGCCCACCCCAUAAUUUUUCACAUAUUUUCUAAUGGAGGCGCCUUCCUUUAUCAGCACAUUAAUAUUGCAGUGGUGAAGUACAACUGUCCGUUGCAAGUCCGUGGUGUGAUAUUCGAUUCAGCUCCUGGUGAGCGUCGUAUGCUAGGUCUAUACCGUGCCAUAACAGCUAUAUACGGUAGAGACAAGCGGUGCAACUGUUUUACGGCGAUUUUUAUUACCCUCACUUUAAGUUUAAUGUGGUUCGUGGAAGAAUCAUUUGCUGCAUUUAAAAACUUUUUCGUGAAGUCAACGUUUGUCCACGCCAGUCCGUUUUGUGAGCUGAAGAAUGAGGCAAACAAAUUCCCUCAGCUUUUCCUUUACUCAAAGGGUGACGUAGUCAUUCCCUAUAAGGACGUUGAAAAAUUCAUUGGUUUGCGGCGCGAUCAAGGCAUUGAGGUGUCUUCAGUUCGCUUUGAGGAUGCUGAACACGUCAAGAUUUAUAUUAAGUAUCCAGAACAGUAUGUCCAAAGCGUUUGUAAUUUCAUAAAAAAAUGUAUGGCAGUGGCAGAUAAUAGGGCUAAAACUGUCGUCGAUCCUUGCUUGGUUUCAAGAAAACAUGAAGGUCGGUCAAAUUUUAAAUAUGAUUAAGUGUCGGAAAGUACCACUUGAGAAAGUGCAACUAUUACGAAUUGAAUGUUUGUGAAUGUAAAAAUAAAUUUAGGAUUUAUUCUAAUACAAAUUGA